AUGAGGGAGCCACUGAACGACGUGUCGUCCGCGCCACCGCCGCCUCAGGCUUUGCUGGAGCGGCUCAAGGAUUACGGCCAAGAAGACGCCUUUGCCCUCUGGGACGAGCUCUCUCCCGACGAACGUCAGCUUCUCGUCAAGGAAAUCGAGAGUUUGGAUCUUUCGAGAAUCGAUCGGAUCAUACGGUGUUCGCUUCGAUCUCACGGGCUACCAACGGCGGCGAUUGAGCCGGUGCCGGAGAGUAGUGUGUCGUCGGUGGAGGAGCGAACGCUUGAGGAUAGGGAGAGAUGGUGGAAGAUGGGAUUGAAAGCCAUCUAUGAGGGAAAGUUGGCUGUGCUACUUUUAUCUGGUGGACAGGGAACUCGGCUCGGAAGUUCAGAUCCGAAGGGAUGUUUCAACAUUGGGCUUCCAUCUGGAAAGUCGCUCUUUCAACUCCAAGCAGAGCGGAUUUUGUGUGUUCAGCGACUAGCUGCUCAAGCUACAACUGAGGGUUCUACUGCUGCACUGCAAAUACAUUGGUAUAUUAUGACCAGUCCAUUUACUGAUGAAGCCACACGGAAAUUUUUUGAAAGUCAUAAAUACUUUGGUCUUGAAGCUGACCAGGUCACCUUCUUUCAGCAAGGCACCAUACCUUGUGUCUCUAAGGAUGGUAGAUUUAUUAUGGAAACUCCAUACGGGGUAGCUAAGGCUCCGGAUGGUAAUGGAGGAGUAUAUUCAGCUUUAAAAUCUUCAAGAUUAUUAGAAGAUAUGGCUACGAGAGGAAUUAAGUAUGUGGAUUGCUAUGGAGUUGACAAUGCACUGGUUCGUGUAGCUGAUCCAACUUUCUUGGGUUAUUUCAUUGACAAAGGUGUUUCGGCUGCUGCAAAAGUUGUACGUAAGGCAUACCCACAAGAAAAGGUUGGCGUGUUUGUACGUCGAGGAAAAGGUGGACCUCUUACUGUGGUAGAAUACAGUGAGAUGGAUUCAUCUCUGGCUUCUGCAAUCAACCAAGAAACUGGACGUCUUCGUUUUUGUUGGAGUAAUGUGUGCUUGCACAUGUUUACUCUGGACUUUCUAAACCAAGUGGCAAAUGGCCUUGAGAAGGACAGCAUUUACCAUCUUGCUGAGAAGAAAAUUCCUUCUAUCCAUGGACAUACAAUGGGAUUAAAACUAGAGCAGUUCAUAUUUGAUGCGUUUCCAUAUGCACCUUCAACUGCACUUUUUGAGGUAUUGCGUGAAGAAGAGUUUGCACCAGUAAAGAAUGCAAAUGGGUCAAAUUUUGACACCCCAGAUAGCGCUCGGCUUCUUGUUCUCCGACUUCACACUCGUUGGGUAGUUGCCGCUGGUGGAUUCUUAACGCAUUCAGUGCCUUUAUAUGCAACUGGUGUAGAGGUGUCACCUCUUUGUUCUUAUGUCGGAGAAAACCUAGAAGCUAUAUGCCGCGGAAGAACCUUCCAUGCCCCUUGUGAGAUUACAUUUUAA